AUGACGACUCAUUCGACAACCACCCCUGGCGACACUGCCUCGCCUCAACAAGGAACAACUACCAACAGCGAUAAACCCCGUGUCAUCAUCAUUGGUGCCGGUAUUGCAGGAUUGACGUUGGGAGGAUUGCUCCACAAGGCUGGUGUCCACUUUGACAUCUUUGAAAAGGCCCCCGUUGCCCGAACCGUUGGCUCGGCACUAUUUUUGGGGCCAGAUCUGUAUGGAUACAUGAAGCAGGCAGGAAUUUACGAGGACUUUGUCGCACGGUCAAAGCCUUGCAACAGUAUCGAGAACUUUGGCGAGGACCGCAAGCAAGAGUUUGUUGUUGACUUUACACCUUACAGCGAGAUGGGUGGAUGCGAGGGCAGGAUCAUUGGUAGGACACAACUAUACGAGAUCCUGUUGAACGCCAUCCCAUCCGAAAGAUGCCACAUGGGAAUGAAGGUGGUUUCGAUGACCCAAGAGAAGGACAAGCCCGCCACGGUGACAUUCGCAGAUGGAUCGGUCCACACCGCCGACAUAAUUGUCGGAGCUGACGGGGCUUACAGUACAGUCCGUCAGACACUGUAUGAGGAUUUGAAGGCUCAGAACAAAUUGCCGGCGUCGGAUGCGGUGGAUCUGCCAUUCAGUGUUGUUUGUGUAGCCGGGUAUACUUCUCCCGUGGAUUCUGAAAAGUUCCCGAUGCUCAAGGAUGAGCAGUCGCGGUUCUGGAAUGUCCUCUCUCGCGACAAGCCCUACUCUUGGAUGACGAUCACGACGCCCAACAAUGUGAUGUGUUGGUCGGUGAUGCACUACCUCCGCAAGGGAACCACAUCAACAACGGACAAGAACCUGCGUCGUCUCGGGUGGGGCGAAGAAGCUGCCGAGGCCAUGGCCAAUGACUUCCGCGAUUUUCCGAUCCCCGGUGGAAAUGGCACCCUAACCGUGGCAGACUUGAUUGAUGCGACGCCCAAGAACCAGAUGACCAAGGUCAUGUUGGAGGAGAAGAUCUUUGAUACCUGGCAUCAUGGCCGUGCUGUCCUCAUGGGCGAUGCUUGUCACAAGGUCCAUCCUGCUGGUGGCCAGGGCGCACUGUUAGGAUUCCACGACGCGAUCGCACUGGCCAACUGGAUCAACGUCCUGCCUGCGACUCCCACAGUCGAAGAACUGGAGACCAUCUUCCGGGAAUACAGGCGUGAACGACACUCCUAUGCGCUUGCGGCCUUUGAUCACGCCAGGAAUAUGUCCAAUCUCUCCGACAAGGACCUGAAAGCCGCAAUCUCGCGCUUCGUGAUUAAGCACAUCCCCAACUGGCUCUGGCGUAUGUCACUCGCAAAAAUUAGCGCAAACAGACCUCAGGUUAGUUUCUUGCCCCUGGUCAAGGACAUUGGAACCGUCAAGUCUGCCCACCAACCCUCGCUCCACAAGACCCAAAAGAUUCUCCGAGAGAAGGAGGCUGCGAAGGUCAAGGCUGCAGCACCCGUUGUUUAG